AAUAACGUCACGAAUAGUCACGUGGUCAUAAACUUCAUCGAUCAAGCACGAGAAGAAGUAAACAAGUUGUUUAUUUCCUGGCCUGUUUUGUGGGCGAGACGGAGAAUCCCAUCAAGCACACACUGGGCACCAAGUAGACGGAGGAUGUCGACCCGCGCACGCGGCAGGGCGAGUGCAAAGAACGACGGGACAGGAUCUGCAGGAGCACCGGGAGGAAUGGGGAGGAGCGGGGCGCGUUCCCGGGCUCCGGACGCCCCUUCGAGACCCCCGCACGAAAGCACGAUGCGUGACCUAAUCGAAGACCAGCCUGCAAUGGAAGGUCAGUUUGACGAUGCAGAUGAGGGCAAGAAGCCAGCUGAGGUUGCCAGUUCAACCCAUUCUGCACCCUCUCUAAUUGAAGGAAACGAAAGUAAUUUCGAACAACAAAACCCAGCACCCCCAAGCACUCCAAGAGACAAUGAAAGCAGCAAUUCAUCAAUUAACCCCACAACACCUGAAUGUUCACCCCCCAGUACCAAACUUAACCCCUCAGCACCUGUAUUCAGUCCCACACAGUCAAUGCCCUCUCCUUUCUCUACGCCAAACAGUAGCACAACCUCUAAACUUAACCCCAGAACCCCAGAAUUUUCGCCCUCAAUGGUCAACGGGACUACCAGUCAAACGCAGGGCUAUUACUCUUCCCCAGCAAACACAGGCACAAGAACCAGGCUCGAUCCUCGCUCCAGCGAAUUCAUUCCCAAGGUGAUCAGCAGUUCGCUUAAUGCUUCAGCGCCGGCCUUUGUCCCCCACAUAGCACUCCCAAAUCUAAUGCAAAACGGACAACUUGACGACGAGGAAGAAGACAUUCCACGUGGUGCCACGCCCCCUGUUGUUGAAUGUGAGGACGAUAACGAGGGGGAGCCCCUUUUAUUGACCCCGGAGGACAUCCUUUCGGGUGUCAAUUUCCCUGUCGAGCAGCAAGGGGGCGGCGCGAACGAGUCAAUACUGAAAGCUGCGGCGGAGGUUUUGAUCAAGACCACGCUAUACCCGGGGUAUUUCGACAGAGGCGCAACAAAGCUGGAAAACACGGUGAAGGCAGGGCUACCAACUGAUGGCACUCUGUCAAACCUGGCAGAGAUGUUGGUUCAUUGGGCGGUGACCGAGCCCAACCUGCGUCUGUCGGUGAGCAGAAUAUGCCAGGUUCUGUGCGACAUGGAACUAAUCCAAGCGGCCUUCAGAAAAACGCUUGUGCUUCAGCUAAAAGUGCGGUAUGUCCAACGAGCGUCACUGGAGAAGGACACUCUCAUUAACCUGUCUCUCCUGUUUGCAGAGCUAUUCUCCCGCAUUCGGAUGGUCAAGUCAUAAUAAUUAUAUCACUUAAAUUCUCGCACACUAACAAAUAAGGACAGCAAAAUGAGAUUACAAUACUUUUGAUGCCAUUUUCUGUAUGAAGUUAGGUUACCAUAAAUGCAAAAGACGCUGUUUUUUUUUUGUUUUCGCUGUUUUGUUUGCUCAACGUUAAGGUGUAGCUUUAUUUCGUGAGGACAAAAGUUCUUUACCAUAAAUAAGCACAUCUAGAUUUCAUGAUAAUAUACGUGAUCAUAAAGCUGACGACUUCUAGUGUUCAAUUGUUCAUGAUUAUAACAUUAUAUCAUAGACACGUACAUCACUAUACUGACUUCUAGUGUUCACAAUACAUCGGUAGGCCCAACAAGAGCAGCCGGUUCAUAUACUGGGUGUGGCAGUGCUGGAAUUCCUCUCGCUACUGCUGGAGAGAGUGGACGAAAGAUCAGUCAUUUCUGCCUGCCAUGUCCUCAAGCUAACAGGGCCACUAUUUGCCACACUUCCUCCUGAGAAUGGUGAAAAGUUGGACAAAAUAAUCGCCAAACUCAUGCAACUUUCAACAGAUGAAACUCUCCCACUCACUAAAAAAUGUGUGGAGAUUAUGGUGAGAGUGGUGGAGCUACAGGCUCGUGGGUGGGGCCAACCAGUGCGACCCUUGACCUCUCCCCCAAUCACUCAGUCUGUGGUGGUGGUGGGCGGAGCUAGUCAGGUGAUGGGUGGAGUAGGAGGCGGAGCAGGUCACAUGGCUCCAGUAGACAGUGUCAUUAUCGGAGAGGAAGCUGUUCUGAGUGAACCGGAAGUACUCCAGGCACCUGUGUCUAAUCCAGGUAUAUGUACAGUGGAACCCCUCUAAUCUGCACUAAUGGGACAGUAGAAAGUGUCUGUAUUUGUGAGGUGUCACUAUUUCAAUGGUAUUCAGAAAGGCUCUUGGGGAAAGCAUUAAAGCAGUGUCAUUUUCAGAGGUUAAUAUAUAGUGCACUCUGUCUUGUGUGUAAGUAACGGCUAUUUUAGCGGGACAUGCUUAACACUUAACCAGCCACAGACAUAUCGGUGUCCAGAGCCUCCAUAAGCCCAUAAGAAUUUAUAUGGGGUUAUACUACUAGGCGCUAAUACUUUAUACAUCAAUUUCUGCUUAUUUAAGCAGAUACCCAUGGCGUCCAAAGGGUUUUAAUGGCUGUUUUUCCCAUUCCCACUGUAGAGGAAUGGAUUGAAUUUCUUGAUUAUGACAACCAGUUGAUUGAAGACAGUGAGCAACAUACAACUGAGAGUUUUGUGAUAGAGAGGAGAGAGGAUGAAGGGGAAGGGGAGGAUGAUCUGGACGCAGAGAUGGAGAAAGAGUUUGAGUUUUUCGUGCAAGAUCUCGAGGAGCAUCUUCUCAAUGUGGGAGAGAUGGACCCCGAGCAGUUUCAAGAGCAGUAGAGAGUAGUCUGCUGUGUGUUUGUAUUGUAUGAUAUAGCCAAUCACAUUCGUCAAUGUAAAUAUUUUGUAUUACUGUUGGUCAGUGUAGUCACCCAUACCGUAUAAUAAUGCUCAUCCUCUUUUG